AUUCUGAAAAACCCGACCCGGAAGAAGAAGGUGUUGCCCGGUGUGAGCGGUCCGAGUUUAUUUUGUGUUCGUAUCGUCGACUCGGAUCCUCAGAACCACAGAACCUCCCGGUCCCGUCGGAGUCCACAGGCCCGAUAGAGCCGCUGCAGCCGAGCCGCCAUGUCGGACCCGGAGCCGCGGCUGGACUCCAUUUUGGAGAUAUUGGUCAACGCGACUGUGACAGAAAUGAGGAAAGUUACGGAUGAGAGCAGUGACGCCUGCUCGGAGGAGAAGGUGAUCCAGUUCGGUGUCUUCAUGACGUCUCUGGCUCGAGAGGCUGUAGAGAAGAUCUGUCAACUUUUCCACGAAUGUUCGUCCCUGCUGCGUUUGGAGGUGUCACAGGGUGUGGCAGAGAUCGAGGACCUGAGGCGUAGGCUGGAGGAGACGGAGAUGAAGCUGGUGUUGGAGGGCAGCAGAGGCCAAAAGGAGGUGGAGGAGAUGACUGGGGGGGGCGACGGAGAGAAGGAGGACAGGAGGACACCGAACAACGGAGCAGAAGGAGAAACGGUGCAGACGAGUCAUCGCUCGGGGAGAAAAAGCCGCAGAGCCGUGACGACUUGUGAGACCGGAGUGAAAAGGUCUCCAAUUCUUCACCUGUGGAAAGGCAGAACGUAUGAGGACAGCGUCCAGACGGUUAUAAUAAAAGAGGAAGGAUUGGAAGCGUUCACUGGUCAGACGUCUCCAGAUUCUGCUGAGUGUGUCGAGGAAGCAGGACCGAAGGAUGACGACGAUCCAGACUACCAGUUGGACCCAGAAGAUCUGGAGGAAGGUGAGCCAGGAUACACCACGAGACCUAAACGUAUCCUCAAGCCCAGGUUAAAACGAGGUCGAGCAAAUAAAGAGAGUCAGAGUUCGAACCAGCUGAGCUGCAGACUCUGCAGGAAAACCUUCACCAAGCUGCUGCAGCUCAAAGCUCACCAGGCCGUCCACGGGGCCAACGCAGAGAAACCCUUCCAAUGCUCUCAGUGUGGCAGAGGCUUUUCAAUCAAGCGCAGCCUCAACGCACACACGCUGCUCCACACAGGCGAGAGACCACACACCUGUGAUGUUUGUGGGAAGGGUUUCACCCUGAAGCAGGUGCUGAGGAACCACCAGCGACUCCACGCUGAGGUCAGGCCGUUUCCCUGUGAACAGUGCGGGAAGAGCUUCUUCCGAGCCCACGGCCUGAAGAUGCACCAGAUGGUACACAGAGGAGAGCGGCCCUACAUAUGUCAGUACUGCAACAAGAGCUUCACAAUACAAGGUAACCUGCAGAGACACCUGCGUAUACACACGGGGGAAAAGCCGUUCAGGUGCGACACUUGUGGCAAAAGCUUCAACCAGGGCGACACUCUGAAAAACCACCAGCGGAUACACACCGGUGAGCGUCCCUUCAGCUGCGACACCUGCGGCAAGUGCUUCAUCCAGAAGAGUGCCUUGAAGAUGCACCAGCAGACCUCCCACUCGGGGGAGAGCUCCCUGGCCUGCGUGGCCUGCGGCAUGACAGUGGCCUGUGUGGACUCGUUACGCAAACACCUCCAGACGCAUGCAGCAACGAUUCCAUGCACUUGUGUGCUCUGCGACCGGCAUCUGAGCUCCAUCACAGACCUGCGCUCACACCAGCAGCACCACACAGUGGACAGGCCUCACAGCUGCGGGCUCUGUGGGAAGAGUUUCAAGUCGUCCAGUUACCUGAAGAUUCACAUGAAGACGCACAGCGGGGAGAAGCCCUUCUCCUGCGACAUCUGUGGUCGUAUGUUUACACAGCACAGCAGCCUUAAAUCACAUCAGGUGGUCCACACCGGAGAAAAGCCAUUCAGCUGCGACACGUGUGGGAAAUGUUUCGGCAACACAGGCAACCUGAACCGUCACCAGCGUAUCCACACGGGGGAGAAGCCGUUCAGCUGUGACACGUGUGGACGCAGCUUCAACCAGGGCAACAGCCUGAAAGCCCACCUGCAGAUCCACACCGGGGAGAAACAGUUCAUGUGCGACAAGUGUGGGAAGAGCUUCUCCUACCUACGGAACCUCAAGGACCACAAGUGUUUCUACGUCUGAUAGAGGAGACGCCUGCCCUGGUUGUGGAGUGAUGGCGUAAACUUCCUUUUGACUGAUAAACAAGUGGAUGGAUGAUUGAGGGGGAAACUGAAUGAUUUUGGUGUGAUUUUUCAGAUUUGAUUUGGUUUUGUCCUCAAGGAAAGAGAUGUGGACAUUGUAGUGAGGAGCUCAGACACAGAUUUAUAUAAAGAUGUGACUGCUCCUAAAAGUGAAGCCAAAUCAUCUUGAUCACCUCCUAGUGGCUGGCUGCAGUAUAGGUCAUAAACACUGCCCUCUCCUUUUCCGUGGAUGGGACAUGGACCGAACUGAAAAGUCAAUGUACACUUUUUUUGCCACACAUGAUUGUUUCAGGUGGUUCUUCUCACACGGAUGUCUAAGUGUAAUGUUUUCAGUAAACAUGAUGAUUGACAGCUGAGUUGACCCAUUAGUUAACACAAGAUCUUGACACCGUAGCUGCACACGAUGCCUCCAGCUCCAAGCUGUCACAAACACAACAAGGAGGACCUGUCAUGCUUUAGCUCCAUUUCUGUGCAAAUGGAGGAAGUGGAGACAUGUCGUCCAUCUUUAUUUACAGUCUAUGAUUGAAAGGAGUGAAGAAAUAAACAAACAAAUCAGUAGUCCACGAUAUUAUUUUCAAAGUUAACAACUUUUUGAGUUGAGAUACUGAAAAACCAAGAUGUAAAAGCAACAUACACAUAAUAAUCCUAAAAUCACAGAAUGAAAUGCUGAUAACCCACAAGAGUUGGUUUUAAAGGGACAGUUCACCCUGAAGACUAACUGUCCUUUUAAAUUAAAUGGACAGACUAACCACUUAUUUCUGUACAGAGUAGAAGAAUUAAUUUGAAUUUUAUAUUUUUGUACCAAUGUCUAAUAUAAUUAAUAAGCUGUUAUCUUUUUAGGUAUGAAUUUGUUGUCCACAGGAUCUUAAUCUUAAAGCCCAGAGUUCAUUGUGGCAAAUGGAUUUAAAAUAUGUUUUAACGAUUUCAGUGUCCUGGUUGGCUUGAGUGGAGUAAGCAUGAACAAACAACAUUUUAUUGCAUUUAACUUUUUCCAGGAUGCAGAACUAUUUAAACCACCUUAAUUCAAUCAGUCUAAAUAACCUUUUAACCAACUUCAAGAUCUGUCUUUUUUAAAUUCUCAAUAAAAACAAAUUCAGAUGAUAAAUCCUUUUUAUUUUGAGGGAAAUGUGCCGACUCAGAAAGUACAAAAUCAGAUAACAAAUCAUCUCUAACUUUUCCUGGUGUGUUCGUCAGCUUUGUGACUGUCACUCAAAUUGAUAAAUUUUGAACUUAAAAACU